AGCAUUUCCUCUUCCAUGGAACCAAACCGGACACAUACAAAAAGAUUCUGUCUCAGGGGCUGGAUUUUCGCAUGGCGGGUGAAAAAGGAAUGUUCGGCCAGGGAGUUUAUCUUGCAGAAAGUUCCACGAAAGCUGACCAAUACACGGACGACAAAUCAGCGAGAAGUAGAAAAGAAAAGGGAAUGUUUUUGGUCAGAUCAUGUCUGGGAAAAAUUCAUCUCGCCAAAACAGCCAACAAACUCCAGAGGCCGCCGUGCUUUCAAAGCGGAUGUGAAUCGGACGCCUGUGAACAUUCUGAGCGCCAGCGCUGUGACAGCGUGGUCGGUGACGGGAGCUGGAUCUUUCGAGAGUUUGUGACGUAUAACCACCAUCAGAAUUACCCAGAAUACCUCAUCACUUACAAAAGAGUGUAGUGUUGCGGAAACACAAAUGCACACACGCACGAUUUUCGAAGAUUUUCAAUGAUAUAAAAAGGUUUGUUGAUAGAUAUUUACGUGCAUUCACUUGGGUGUAUGUUUGAUGAACAGAUAUUGUGUUUUUUAUUUCGUUGGGCGUUAAUUUCUGGAGAAAAGUUUAACCAACAAUAAAACAAAUUAGGCCACCACAUAUUAUACUGAUUUCACAUUAAUUUUUUGUAUGAAUGUUGUAAUAUAAAGCUUGCAAAGUUUACAAUACAUGCAAACUGUAAAAUAUUUUUACAUUUCCCCUUGUGUUUGUAUUUUACUUCCAUGAAUGUAACAUGGGUUACAUGUACAAAAAUAUUACCUGUACUUGUUUGCAUUUAUUAUGUCUUUUUUAUUUAAAACUAAAUAUAAUAUAUUUGUGAUUUUGUGAGUCGUUGCAUAAAAAUCUAUUUGCAGUGAAUAUUCUGAAUGGAUCUACGUCUAAAAUAUAUCAGAUUUAUUUAUUUGUAUGUAAUAAUUGAAAGCAUGUGUGUUUAUAUUUAGUUGCUAUGCAUGUUGUAUCCUCCACUAGUAUAUAUAAUAGUAUUUCUGUCUUGUCGCCUAGAGGCCAUUUUUAAUACGUAGAUCCAUUCAGUUCCUUUUUCAACCCACUUUACAUUUGUACAGUUAUAUUUAGAUAUAUUUAUUUGUAAGUAAUAAUUUAAAGCAUGUUUGUUUAUAUUUACAUGAUAUGCGUGUUGUAUCCUUCACUAGUAUAUAGAAUAGUAUUUCUUUAUAGAAAAAUCUAUCGUGUCGCCUAGAUGCUAUUUUUAACACGUAGAACCAUUCAGUUUCUUUUUAA